AUUAUUAUGUGUUUUGACAUUUUUUUCAUAAAUCAUGCAAAUGUCAACGAAAAUUUAAAGUCUUAUCGAAACUUAAUUAGAACAAAAAAUACUUCUAGUAUGGCCUCUAACGAAAUUGGACUUGCCUGCAUGGAGGUCCCACCAAAUACCUCACCAUUUAAAAUAAUGAGGGAAUGGAUUGACGAAGCCAAACACUGUGGUAUGUUAAAGCCUGUGUUUAAUAUCGCUACAGCUACAAAGAGUGGGGAAGUUUUAAAUCGUACAAUUACUUAUGCAGAAAUAACAGAGGAGGAAGAUUUUUUCUUUGUUACUGACGUUAGAAGUACUAAAUCCAAACACAUAGCUGAAAACCCAGUUGCAAGUGUUUGCUUACUGUUGUAUUAUUUAAAAGAUGGUAUCACUAUAUCUAGACAGGUACGUUUCUUUGGACCGGUGGGACAACUACCAACUGAUCAAACUUCAGCCUAUUUUGAUCACAUACCACAGUUUAUGAAAGUUAAGUUUCAUAUUGUUGAACAAGGAAAAAUACUCGAUUGGGCAACACACAAGAAUAAAUUCGACGCAAUUUUGCAACAGUGCGAAAAAGGAUUGGAACUAAAAAUGCCUUCAACAGUGUAGGGCUAUCGCCUUACUCCAGUAGAAAUGGAUUUUUAUAAUGGAAGAGAUCAUUGUAUCGCAGAUAGAAUUAUUUUUAAAAGUUGUGGUAAUGGAAAAUGGUGUCAUCGAAGAAUCGGACCUUAAAAUCAAAGCCAGAAGCCGGUGUUGACUUUAUAAAAUAUAACAGAACAUGCUUACAUUGUUGGAAAUAAAAAUAUUAUUUCGGAAAUAUAAAAAUAUAAAUAUACCUAUUAUAAACUAUCUCAUUAGUUCUAAACUGUUUAGAGUAUCUGUUUGUUUUUUUUUAUAUAGGUAAUACAAUUUUUUGGCAACUUUCAUUGACCUAUAAAUGCACUGAAAACACACAACUUGUGAUUUCUCAUCCAUAUAAGCUCUAAUAGUAUUAUUGUUUCUCUACAGAUAAAUAAAUUCUCUAUUCUCCCAUCAAUCACAUAA